CGCCGCCUGGUUUGCCAAACCGUUCUCCCUCGCAACGCCGCCAUGGUGCGCAGAAUGUUGCUGCAGCUGGCCUUGCCGCUGGCAUUGCUCAGCAUCAGCCACAAGGCCGCGGCCUUUGCGCCCGCUUCGGGCAGCCCUGCGCCUCACGGCUUCGGCGAGAGGCCUCGAUUGCGGCUGAAGUCGCGGCCUGCGACUUCGCGCUUCGCAAGCGCCAAAGCCGCGAAAGCAGACGCUCAAGGCGCGCUCCCGAACUACCUCAAAGUUUUGGCCCAAAGGAUCUUCGGGGUCGCGGUCUUCGUGGGCGUGUACUACGUGCAGGGCAUCUUCGGAUCCCACACGCCGGUGGGAGGGAUGCUGAUCGUCUUCUUUUCGAUGCUCGCCCUCGAGCAGAUGAACCCAAGGUUGGCCGGGAAGGUCUUCCGCGUCCUGGAGCCGGGCUACCGCUUCCUGGUGAAGUGGCUCAUUGUCUUCUUCGUGCCAGCGCUGGUCCGUGUCUCCCUCAUCCAUGCUGAGCUGGGAGUGGGCGGCCUGAUCCGUGUGCUGCUGCUGCUACUGGUGGGCUGGUUCAUCACCUUCACCGGCACGGCGGCUAUCGCCAGCGCGUUUCCGGAGCCCAACCUGGAGGCGCCGGCACCGAGUCCGGAACCAACGCCCACGGAGAAGCCGGCUCCUGCGGACCGGCUGCCCUACUUUCGCUUCGUCGUGGGCAUGAUCCUCGCUGGGGCGGCCGCCAGCCUGGGCUUUGGAACUGGCUUCGAUCAGAACCUCUUCAUGAUCUGUGCUGCCCUGGCCGGCUUCACACUGGGCCGGCGCUUGCCGCCCAAGACGCAGAAGUUUGUCCACCCGCUCUUCGUUUGUGCCGCGGCCACCUUCGCCGCCGCUUCCAUGUGGGUCUUCCUCGAGCCCGGCAUGGCACCGAUGGACGUGAUCCGGAUCUAUAGCGCUUGGCCUGGGGGCGGCGCACUGCUGUACUUCCUACUGCCCGUGGCUGUCGUAUCUCUGGGAAUGCUCCUCUUCGAGAACCGGCGCCUCAUCCGAAAGGACCUGGGCCCGAUCCUCUUCACCAGCGCGGCCUCCUCCGUGCUGACCAUAGGCUCCGCGCCGCUGCUCUCGCGGCUCUUCGGCCUCUCACGGCCCUUUGCCUUGAGCACCACGGCCCGCUGCGCGCUCAGCCCGAUUGCUAUGGGCAUGGCGAGCAUGUUGGGUAGCCCGCCGCCCAUUGCGGUGGCUAUGACCACCUUCUCAGGUGUGCUGGGGGUGAUGCUGGGGCCCACCCUCUUCAAGGUCAUGAAACUUCGGAAGGCGCGUGUGCGGGGCCUGGCGCUGGGUUGCUCCUCCCACGGCGUGGGGGUGGUGCCAAUCGCCCAGAGCGACAAGCAGGCCUUUGCCUAUGGCUGCGUGGGCUUGAUCCUCAUCGCCACGCUGAACAUGCUGGCGAUGCAGAUCCCUCUCAUCCGGCGCUUGCUUCUCGCUUCCAUGCCCUGAGUCGAUGAUAUCGCUUGGAUAUGUUGGCGCCAAACUCACACCGGUUCGCAACCAUCCGGUUCCUUAGCUUUUGGC